AUGCCACGGGUCGGGGAUCCCUCGCUGCGCCCAUCGGAGGGCCAUGUGGUCAUCACCUCCACGCCGGCCAUGGACGCCCAGGCAGCCAGCCUCGCCAAUCUUGCGGCUGUUGCCUGGCUCGGCGGAAACCGCCCAUCGGUCAGCGCCUCCGUCAUCAGGGACGCGGUCGCCACUUCCGCCGGCAUCGACCGCGCCUAUGUCAAGGUGGUGCCUUUCUAUCCGGAGGAUUUUCUCGUCAGAUUCGACUACCAGCAUCACCGAGACUUGGCGACGGCCGGCCCAGGCCGCUUCUCCCACUACAGCUCCGACUUCGGCAACCUAGACAUCCACAUUGCCAAGUGGAGACUCAACGCCCACGCCGAGGUAGUUCAAGCUGACUUCCACGUCCACAUCUGCCUCGAAAAUGUCCCGCUCAACGCCUGGAACGACGCCGUUGCUGCUCAGGUGUUGGGGCCGGAUACCUUCCUCCACUACUUCGACAUCGCCUCCGUGCAGUGUGAGGACGCCGCCACACUCAACCUGUGGGCUUGGUCAGCAGAUCCUAGCAAGAUACCCAAAGUGCUGCAGGCCACCUUCACCAACAACCAGCCACCAGGAAGCAGCGCACCGAACCCCGCUGUCGGGCGCCAGGGGCUCAAGCGGAGUGUCCUGGUCCACCUGGACCUGAUCGAGGACUACACCCCUGGCGCGGACGGCAAGGUCCCCCGACGCCCACGCACGCACCCUCCUUUCACCUGGAGACUUGGAGUUGUGGACGGCGAGUCCCGUGCACGCGACCGGCAGGAUGAGGGCAACCGUCGAGAGCGACGCAACGACGACCGCGACAGAGACGACGAGCAUGAUGGGCGUGGAAGGCGCAACGAUCGUCAGGAGUCCUCCUGGCGUGGCUUGUUUCGGAGCCGUUCCAGGGCUCCUCGACGUGAUGAUGAUCGCAGCAGGGGACCACGUGAAGACCGGCACCAUGACGACCACGACUCCAGGGGCCGCUAUGACAGCGGCAGGAGGCGCGGCUUGGAGCCUCUGUCGCCGAACGCCCGGAAGGUUGACAACGCACGUGUCCAGCGCCUUCCUGAUGGGGCAGUGAUCCCGGCCUCGGGCAGGCGGGCCCGGCACCGGGCGGCCUGUCCAGAGCGGCGCUCGCGAUCCUGCGAGGUGGCCACCGUCCAGCGCAGCGAGGACAACCGAGGAAGAUCGCCGCCACCCUCACCGCGGACCACUUCCAGUGACAUCAUCGAGCUGAGGCCGUCGUCGCUGAUCCCUGACUGGCUCCGGCGGGCAGCUCCGUGCCUGGGCUCCCCGGUGACUCCAGAAGCACCUCCAGGCUGGGCUUCUCCAGUGCGGCAGCGGCACCGUGCUGGCUCCCUGCCUCCCAGCCCCAGCACACCGCUCCAUGUUCCUGCCCUGACAGGCUGCACGGUGGAAAACCAGAUAGAGAUGGGCCCUGUGCCUGCGGUUUCGCUGGUGCAGGGUGAGGCUGCUGGCACCCCCCUCUUUGUGCCACUGCCUCCCGCCAUUCUCCCGGCGCCCAACUCCACCCCGCCGAGACCGCCAACAACCAGAAGGAAGACUCUUGCGGGUGUGACAGGUCUGAACCUGAUUCGUAGCAGCCCAAGACUGCAGGCAAAGAACAGAGAAAUGCCAAUCGCCCAGCUAGCUGAGAGGUUGCUUUGCCAGCGCAUGGGAGUGGUGGAAGAGGGUGAGAUGAUCACUGAGGCUGCUAUCAACAAGUACGUGGCCCUCUUUCGUGGGCAGCUACCAGACAUCGCCAUUGCUGCUCUCCGAGCACUAUUUAGGCUGGAUUGUGACCUUGCCGCAGCAGUCGAAGACGCUCUGCUGGACCACGGUGGAGAUGCUGGCCUGGAGCCCCAAGACCACGGCCCUGCCGAGGCAACUGCUUCUGCUUCUGCCUGA